AUGCUGAACAUAUUGGGCCGGAGUGGUGGGUGGACCAGCGUGCGCUUCUUCGCCAAGGACGUUCGCUUCGGCGUCGAGGCGCGCAGCCUGCUCCUGCAGGGCGUGAACAUCCUGGCCAACGCGGUGGCCGCCACUCUGGGCCCGAAGGGCAGGAACGUCCUCAUCGAACAGCUGCUGAUUUCACCGCGAAUCACCAAGGAUGGCCUCACGGUGGCCAGCAAUGUUCAGCUGAAAGAUCGUCGUCUGGAUAUGGGCGCCCAGCUGCUGCGGCAGGCCACCAAUAAUACCAACAACGAUGUGGGCGAUGGCACCACCACGGCCACGAUCCUGGCCCGCGGAAUGGCCUGCCAGGGGAUGCAUGUCCUGCGAAAGGGUCAGGUGAACGUACAACUCCUGAGGGAAGGCAUUCUCGAGGCAUCGCGAGCAGUUUGUGAAGCCCUGAGUGAGAUGUCCCAGUCGGUGGACACAAUUGGUCAAGUGGAGGCCGUGGCCAAGGUGGCCCUGAAUGGAGAUGAGCGACUGGCGGAGCUGAUAGGCGACACCAUCCUGGAAUUGGGCGAUAAGGGAGUUAUCCUGCUGAAGGAAUCACAUGGUCCUAAUGAUGAGGUCAAGUUCGAGGAAGGCAUCACCCUGCCCUCGGGUUAUUGUUCGCCCUUUUUUGCCCUGAAAAGUGGUAAGGAUAAUCUGGAACUAGGCAACUGCCUGGUGCUGCUCACCUUGGCCAAGCUGGAUCAGGUCGAACAGAUCCUGCCCGCCUUGGAGUUGGCCCGUGUAAAAGAACAACCCCUUUUGAUUAUGGCCAAUGAUUUCGCUGGCGAUUUGCUCAAGAUCCUGGUGCUGAAUCACCUGCAAGGUCGCGUUCAGGUCUGUGCCGUGAAGGCUCCAGGGUUUGGAGAGGAGCAGCGCCAGGAAAUGCAGGAUCUGUCUUUGGCCAUGGGUGCCCUUCUACUAGAGGACGCUUCCUGGCUGACGAAUCUCAGGGAGGAGGACCUAGGCGAAGUGGUGUCGGCGGUGGUGAGCCCCAAGGAAACGCACCUCUUGCAACCGAUCAAGGUCAACGAGGAGCAGUUGCAGUCACGCAUUCGGCACAUCCGCCAGUUGAUCGAUGAGGCAGUCACCGAGGAGGAACUGCAUCGACUGAAUACCCGACUAGGACGAUUGCAGGGCCAGCUGGCCACCAUCUUUGUGGGCGGAUCGAGUGACCUGGAGGUGGGCGAGCGAAAGGAUCGCUUCAAUGACGCCCUGCACGCAGUGCGAGUGGCCAUCAGCGAUGGCGUUUUGCCCGGCGGCGGCACAGCCUAUCUGAGGUGCAUCCCAGCGCUGGACAGGCUGCCUCCCGCCCAGGUGAUGGAGCACCAAAUGGGCAGGGAAAUAGUGAGAGAUGCCCUCCGGCUGCCCUGCUACACAAUCGCCCGAAAUGCUGGCGUAAAUCCCGAUGAGGUCCUUCGACGAGUUCUGGCAGGAAGUGGAAACUAUGGAUUCGAUGCCGCCUCUGGGGAGUUUGGUGAUCUCGUGGCUCGCGGAAUUGUGGAUCCCACAAAGGUUUUGCAAGCCGCCUUGGCGGAUGCCGCUGGAAUUGCCUCCCUUUUGGCCACCACCGAAGUGCUUAUCACCAAGCGGCCGAUCAAACCGAAGAUUCCCAGAAACCAAAUCACCCGGGAUCUGGCCAAGCUUGUUGGCAUGUAG